CCCUAGGGUACCUGACUGAAGACUCUUCCUACUCCAAAGUGUCUUAUCAUGUGGUACAGGAAUCCGGAGUACCGUAUCAGACGUCACAAACGCUCACCCCGGAAAUAGCACGUCACACAAGACGAGAUGCAAGGACGUUGAACUAAACGUAAAAGAGUCGAGCGCGGAAGUCCAGGCUAUCAGGUUCUCGGCACCAGCCAAUGUCUUCGGCUGCCGACUCGCUAUUCAAGCCCCCACCAAUCGUCGAAUGCCUUUCUGGACCUCAUUGUCUCGGCAUUGGGAGGAAGAUCCAAGUUUCACAUAGGGUGUGUCCAGACUGUCUCCAACGACACGAUCCGCAACAGCUACGCGUGUGGGCCAACAACAACUCUAUUGCUAUUCUAUCCAUCAACGAAGAAACUGCGCGUAAACAGGUGUUAAAGAGAAACAUCGAAGCGCGUGGUCGUUACCUGUGCGCCUUUGAAGAUCCCGAUUACCAGCAUUGUCGGUGGCGACUGCUUGACUUGAGCCUCCGCGGCACCCGUCUCGACUGCCCUUCUGUUCGCAGAAAAGGUACUGCUUGUUCAAAGUGCUGGAGGAGACGACUACGGAAGAUUAGGGUUUUACAGUACUUUACGCCAACUGGGCUCUGCCAUGAGGUAGUUGACAGAGUCGUCACGAGGUCGGCAAGCUCAGAGGAGGGCAGUGAGGAAUCCGACGACGAUGUGGAGGGCUACAACACAAUCCUAAAUUCAUCGCUGUACGAUUUGCUUGUCAUGCGAGCUCCGCCUCCAAGGACCCACUGCCUACUCGGCGCUGCUUGUGACUCCUGUCCAGAAGGACAAGAACAAGGUCCAGAGAUAUGCUCCUGGUGUAAAAACAUGAGCUUUGAGGAGCUAUACAAGCGGUCAGCAACGCUACCGGACACGGAAUCAGUGAACCUUGUCAUCGACACAUACAAACGCCAACUCGAACUGGAAACCGCGGAGCGCAUCAGAAAAGGCUGGUCAUUCCUGUGUGCCUGUAAAGAUCCAGAGUACCGCUCUCAGUCGUGGCGCCGCAAUUUCAAUCCAAAAGAUUCGCGUCUGUGCGGUACGGUGCGCCAUCGCGGACAACUAUGCGUGCGGUGCUACCGUAAAGCAAGGGAGCAAAACUGCACCUGGCUUGAAGAAUUUGACGGUGAUCGUCUAGGCUUUCCCUGCGCAUUCGACGACACGAGGUUGCGGCGGCGCAUCGAUGCCAACUGGAAGAUUGGCCCGCUAGAUAAACACGGACAGCCCGAUCCAAGCUGGGAACGAGACCCCAGGAGAGAUGGUCGCUGUGAGAGAACUAGGUUGCGCAACCAGCUUUGCCAGAAAUGCUUCAAUCGCAUGUGCGAGAUUCGAGGGUUUGGCCGGUUUUUUGACUCCGAGUGGGGGACGCUGCAUAGGCGGUACGGAGUGCGGUAGAGGCUUCUUUGCCGGCAAUGCGAUAUCGCUACCUGGGCCCUAACGGGUGUAUGAUACUACUGUUAAGAAGUAGUUGUACGUUUCUUCCCCUUGGGCUAGUACGUAGCAGCACAUUAGAAGCGCUGCUCGACUAGGACGGGAAACCUGUGUUUUACUACUAUAUUCCGGUUAGCAUUUGGGGUGGCGUAUUUGUGUUGGGUUUUUGUAUAGUUUAGCGUAUACUAGAUUGUGGACUCCAAAGUCAAAAGUAUGGGUAGGUUACAGAUCGAAAUUAUACCUGAGGAAAUGGUUUGGUGUGAAGAGUUUGGAUUGAAUUGAAGGGCUUUCAACACAACCUCGAAUCAUGCUCUGGAGCAAUGUCUUAUUGGGAAGGUACAGACGCCAAGUAUUGUGUGUUGCUGGACAAAGUUCUACAAUAGUUGUAUGGUUUGGACUACAGGGGAAAAUACAAAUAGUCACAGAAAAUAUACCUUCCAUACCGGU